AUGUCGAGAAUUUCCUAUGCUAGAGUCCUUGUAGAACUGGAUUUACUUGCUGAUCUCAAAUCUUCUAUUGUCAUUAACUUACCGAAUGGAGCCACUCUGAAUCAACCGGUGAUAUAUGAGACAUUUCCUAGAUUUUGCAAGUUGUGUAAAGUCCUUGGGCACAACACGGGAACUUGCACCUCCCACCCUGUCCCGGUGGUGGCAAGACCUAUGGGCAAGAACAACCAUCCACCUAUAGUUGCCAACAGAGGUCGCAAUGUUUUUGAUCACUUAGGGUCUGUUGCAGAGCCUAACCUUGAGAAAACUAAAGGCCAGAUUGGGGAGUCUUCCCAUAAUUAUGACCCUAUGACCACCGAAGCUGCGGUGGCCACUGAUGGAUGGGAAAUUGUUAAAAGCAAGAAAGCAAGGAAAUCUCUUGGCAUACCUGUUAGUGCCACACCUGCAGCUGAUCAGGAGGUAUUUGUACCUCUAUUUGCAACCUCCCCAUCAUCAAUAAUGGGAAAGAACCAGUUGGAGCAGUCCCAUACAGGAAAGAUUCUAAUGUGGUUCCUCUGGAAUGUCAGAGGGCUUAACAGUCCUCUGAAACAGCAUGAGCUGGUUCGUCUCAUGCAAAAACAUAAAUUUGAUGUAUGUGGUCUCCUGGAGACCAAAUUGUCUUCUUCCAAGCUUCAGUUUAUGCACAGGUUUCGGCUGAAGCGCUGGAAACUAGUCUCUAAUGUGGAAGCUGCUAGCACUGCUAGAGUCAUUGUGUUAUGGAAUCCUUCUACUGUUCAUGUUGAUGUGCUUGAUUCUUCUCCCCAGUGUAUUCAUGUUUCCAUUCGAUGCUUAUCUUCUCAUCUUACUUUUGCUGCUUCAUUUGUUUAUGGUUACAAUACCAUUUCUGGGCGUAGAACUCUGUGGGAUGGCCUCAAAUCUUGGGCUUCAACUGGUCCCUGGCUUGUGUUGGGAGAUUUCAACUCCACUCUUUCUCAGGACGACAAAUAUAAUGGUGAACCGGUCUCUUCCUAUGAAUUCUCUGAUUUCAGAGCAUGCUGCUCAGAGCUUGGGCUUUCAGAUCUAAACUACACUGGCUGUCAUUAUACUUGGUCUAAUGGGACUGUUUGGACUAAAAUUGAUCUUGUUCUAGCCAAUCCUUCAUGGAACAAUCUUCAGCUCACUUCUCAUGUGCAUUUCCAACCUCCAGGAGCUUUCUCUGAUCACCAUUGGUGCGUUCUUCUCUCAGAAGCUGAAGUGCACUUUUUCAAGGACAGUGAUAGAGGUACAAGUUUCUUUCAUGCUUUGAUGAGCCACAGACAUAGGAAAAGCUUCAUUUCUGCUCUCCAGUGUAGCAACGGGGAUCUAACUACUACUAUAGAUGAAGUUGGUGCUGAAUUUAUUCAUUUCUAUCAGAGUCUUCUUGGCACCUCCUCGGCUAUAUCUCCUAUUGAUGAGGAAGUUGUUCAUAGUGGCCCUUGUCUGGAUACUAAUCAAUCUGAUUUUCUUCUAGCUCCUGUCACCAAUGAAGCCAUCAAGGAAGCUCUCUUCAGUGUUGGAAACAAUAAAGCUCCUGGUCCUGAUGGAUUCUCUUCUCUUUUCUUCAAACAGUCUUGGGAUAUUGUGGGAGCUGAUUUCUGUGCGACAGUCAAGGAUUUCUUUUCCUCUGGUCGGAUUCUAAAGCAGAUCAACCAUUCCAUUAUUGCUCUGGUUCCAAAAUCUGCUAAUGUUAAUUCUGCAAAUGACUUUCGGCCCAUUUCAUGUUGCAACGUGGUUUACAAAGUCAUCUCCAAAAUUCUUGCAGGAAGGCUAGGAUGUGCCCUCCAGGGCAUCAUUAAUCCAGCUCAAAAUGCUUUCCUUGGUGGGAGAAGCAUGAUUGAUAACAUUAAUCUGACUCAAGAAUUACUUCGGCAUUAUGGUAGGAAGAGGACCUCCCCCCGAUGCCUCAUCAAAGUUGACUUCAAGAAAGCAUUUGAUUCGGUGCAAUGGCCUUUUCUCAGAGCUCUCCUCCAUCUGUUAGGCUUUCCCCAGAGAUUUGUUCAUCUGGUGAUGCUAUGUGUGGAAACCUCCUCAUACUCUGUUGCUGUUAAUGGCAAUCUUUAUGGUUUCUUCCCUGGAAAAUAUGGAGUUCGACAAGGUGACCCUCUCUCUCCCUAUCUAUUCCUAAUAUAUAUGGAAUACUUCUCCCGUAUGCUGGGAAUGGCCAGUCAACAGCAAGCUUUUCACUUUCACCCAAAGUGUGCGCCUCAUCAUAUUUGUCAUCUUGCAUAUGCUGAUGACGUUCUCUUAUUAUGCCAAGGGGAUUGUUCUUUUGUCCAAAUUCUGGUUGAGCAGCUACAUGCUUUUGGCCGAGCUUCAGGACUUCAUACUAAUGCAUCGAAAUCCUUUAUAUAUUUUAGUGGUGUUGGUGACAGCUUGAAACAAACUAUCCUCCAAGACUCUGGUUUUUCGGAAGGUAGCUUUCCUUUCAAAUACCUUGGGGUCCCCCUCAGCCCUCACAGGCUUCUGGCUAGCCAGUUGUAUCCCCUCCUGCAUCAACUUGAAACUGCUAUUCAAAGCUGGAUGGGCAAAAACUUAUCCUAUGCUGGGCGGCUGGAACUAAUUGGCUCUGUUUUAUUUGGAAUGGUUCAAUUUUGGCUUAGUAUCUUUCCCAUGCCAGAGAGUGUUAUCAAUCAAAUUACUUGUAUUUGCAGGAACUUCCUUUGGACUAGUAGUACAGUCAGGAAUAUGUCUGCAUUGGUUGCUUGGAAGAACGUCUGCCUGCCAAAAGCUAAAGGAGGUCUUGGUCUAUAUGACAUUAAAGCAAGGAACAAUUGCUUUCUUGUGAAGCAGCUAUGGAAUAUUCAUAUGAAAGCUGACUCUAUUUGGAUUCGUUGGAUGUCUUGGUCUCUUCGCAUGGUGGAGUUGGGAUUGCUCUGUUUCUGCAUGGUGAUUCCACGUCUCUUCAUCAAGGAGUCAAUGUUGGAUGCUGCUCUUGUCUGGGGUGGACGUGCAUGGUUCCCCGUAUCUGCAUGGUCUCUGCAUGGUCUUUCAUUUAAUUUGGCUGGGUGGAAGCUUCUGAUUGGCUAUGGUUCAUUCUCUGGAUGUGAUGAUGAAAGGGCUCUGCAUGCACUUGCAUGUGGCCUUAUUUGCUUGCCAUCUGUCUACAUUCUCUUGUGUUCACUAUUCCUUGUAUCUGCAUGGAUGAGCUGUUGCCACCUGUUCUUGGUUGCUGCUGGUGUUUUAAUGUGUUCUAGCUGGAACCUGGCUGGGCUGUCUCUAUCUCUGCAAGGAUGGUCUUCUACGUCUCUGCAUGGAUGGGCAUACUUUGCAUGGAUGGCUGGUAAUUGUCUCUACAUGGAUGCCAAAAUGUUCAUCGUCCCUGGAUUUUCUGCAUGGCUUUCUAUUGUGCUCAUUGGCUUGUUUGCUCUUGGCUUCAGCUUGUGGGCUUCUAGCUCCAGCCUCUCCUGCUAA